CCAUCCAUAUUAUCGCACGUGUCAUCCACGCGACGGGAAUCAGACUUAUCUUUUUGUUAUCUGUCACAAAGAUGCGACUUGCAGCCUAAUUUCUCUUUUACUUGGUCACAUUGUAAUAGUCGCCUGUCACCCAGUGCCACGAAGCUGACAAAUUCCUGGGCUGGACCGCCUUUCGACUGCCUAAGCAUCCUAUGGUAUUCUGCACAAGAUGGCGGAGCCGACCAUGGAAAAGGACGCAAAAGUUAUUUUACACCUGCUAAAUCGUGCCUUCUCUCUGUCUUGGAUGAAACCCAAGAACACCGAAGAUGAUCAUCUUAACAAUUCAAUAGGAGACGCUGGGUUGAUCUCCCCCGACAAAGAGGAUAUCUCACGAAUUCUGACGGUUCCGUUCAAAGGACGAAUCAGAGGUGGGAUGAGGCCAGGGAAGAAGAUCAUCGUCAUGGGUAUCGUCGAUUCAGAGCCAGACAGCUUUGACGUCAGUCUGACUUGUAGCUGCAGUACAGAGAAGAAGGAUGAGGAAGAACUCACAGAUGUGGCCUUGAAACUUAGUGCCAGAUUUUCUGAACGGCAGUUCUUACGUAAUGCAAGGGUCUCUGGGAAAUGGAGUGAAGAGGAGGCUGCAAUUCCAUACUUCCCCUUUAUUCAGGAUCAACCAUUUAGGAUUGAGAUCCAUUGUGAACACCAGCGUUUUAGAAUCUUUGUGGAUGGACAUCAGUUGUUUGACUUUUAUCACAAAGUGAAGUCUUUGCUGACCAUUGAUAUGAUCAGAAUAGUUGGAAGUCUACAUAUCACCAAGCUUGGCUAAACCAGCAUACUUCUGCAUGUUCCUGAGAGGACUUCUCACAGGUGACCGAGCCCACCUGUGUCUUGUAAUGCUCUGACAGUGAAAGUCUCCAUGCCUUUGCUCUUACAAAGACAUCACUACCACUUAUACUUCGUCAUCCUGUUCUUUCUUUGUCCUUAUCCCCUUUUUACGGCUUCACAUUUCUGAAAUAACAGGCGAACGAUUGCAGUGUCAGCAAAGUAUUGUUUUGGAUGUCCUUCACACUGUAGCUUUUUUAUGUAGAUUAUUUUUCAGGGACCUUUGUGUAAUUAUAAGCACUCCAAGGUACAGGAGUGCCAGGAGAAUCUCACUGCUACAAAAGGUACCAUCUAUGCAUGGCACUGGGUAGAGCUGGUUUCAGAAUGGUAAAAACAUUUAGGAAAUCAAACAUAGAAGGAACAUUAGCAGAAAGCAGAAAGCAUAAAAGAAAAGCAAACUUUCUCAAUUACCUGUGGAUGGCUAGAGUCAUGGAGCAUACUGAGCAUUGCCAUUCCACACAUAUUACAUCUCUCAGUGAUUUAGGCCUAUCUAGGGUUAAUAACCUAGAUUUAGAGACAAUGAGAAUUAAUGUUGUAAGCCCUAUGUCACAUUGAAGCAUCUAUGAUUAACCUUAUACUAGGUAAAUAUACCAGGUUCUCUGGGCAACUGCUGUUCAUUGCAACUGCUAGUCUUUUUCUGGGGAUAAAAACCUUGCACUGAUUUAAUGUAGAAUGUAGUACAUUGAGGGCUUUUUAAUUAAGCUAUGUGGUUGAUUACCAUGACUAGAAAUGAAGACUCACAUUAUGAAGUUAGUAAGAUUGUACAAGCCAUUGAAAACAAUAAUAAAAUGUCUAUGACAAGCUAAUUUCUAGCAUUAGUACAAGAAAUACAUUCUAAAGAAGUUUUUUUAAAAAAAAUCCUUGUUAAAUUUUAUUGUGAUUUUAUGUUAUUGAUUUACUUAAAACAUCACAUUGCAAAAUGUCCAUGUACAUUCAGUUUGCAAAAUUUUACUUCCUGAAGUUUACAUUCUGUAUUUUUUUAACUAAUUAGUAAUUAUGAAGAUUGAAGUAAAAUAUGGCUGAAUCUUUUCUUGAAUGUAACAAUGGAUACUUGUAGUCUCCAUGGUAACCAGUGGGGAAGAAGCAAACUUAGCUUAUGUCUUCACUAUUAGCGCUAAAACAUAAUUCUAAUUACCUUAAUCUUUGUGUCAUUUCAUAUAUAGCUAUUUCUUGGACUGCAAUGCCACGUGAUUGCCUACCAGGAUAAGUUUUUUAUUUCUGUUUUUGUAAUUUCAAGAUAUCUGAUAUUUCUCUCCUCUUCCCAGAAGUUUUCUGAGAGUUUGUCCCCUAUAUGGAACGACAUGCAGACACACAACUGUUUCUUUAUCUCUACUUCUGCUUACAUAUAGUUGGACCAUGAAGUUGACAGUUUUCACAUACCAGUUUCUAUACUAGUAGAUAUCUUAAUGUAUACAUUGUACAUUUGUAUAGAGUAUUCUGCUGUACAGUCGUGGCCAAACGUUUUGAGACUGACAAAUUUUGGC